UACUGAGUGAAAGUUGGACGGCAUCUGUCAGAAAAAAAAACCUCAGCGGGAGACUGAUCUUGUCGUCGCUUGGUGGCGCUAUUUAAUGUUUACAAGAAGCUUCGUCGAAGCUUGUUAUGAAAUGUGUGAAUCUGCAUUUUGUCUCUGACAUAGAUUGUCUUAUUUCAAUCUGCAUACGCUGAAAAAACACCAUGAAGUUGAGAGUAAGACUCGAGGGUCGAACUCAAAGAGUAGAGUUCGAUACAGAUCCUACCAUUGAUGCAGUCAAAGGCACAGUCGCAAGUCUUUUUGGACAUGAUGUAGCUACUUUUGAGUUGAGUCUGAACGGUCGCGAGGCCUUGCAUGGGGACCCAGAGACACCUCUCUCUCACUUUGAUAUUGUGUCCGGUGAUCUGAUACGCAUCAUCAGGACUCACGAGGGAGCUGUUCAGUCAUCUGGCUUCUCAAACAAUCCUACAAGUAUCUUGCCGUCUCGAGCUGAAGGCGCUCCAAAGGUAUCAAGCCCUGAUCCUGUUCGUAUGGAAGUCGAGGAAGAGGAUCGGCGAAGUCUUAAUGCUCAAAGAGAGUUGAAAGAAACUUCAGAGACAAAUCGAACAACUGAAAUGCCCAAGUCCCAACCAUCUGCAUCAUGGAGGACUCCAGGGCAAGGCGGACAUGUCAUGGAGGAAGUGAGAGAUGAGGAGGAUACUCUGCCCAGGGCAGUCAAGGAGCCAAUGCUGUGCCGUAGUGCGACAGACUGUUUGAUUCCCCAGAGGUUGAAGGUGCUGUCUCUGGAGAACAGACCAAAGAGCUUGAAUGAAGCACUGUGCAUUGUUCUUCAUGUACUCAUGUUGGAGACGGGGUUCCACGCCGAGAUAUUAAAACAUUGCAGCAUAUGUAGCUCGUUGAACUCAUCAGCAGACCCCUCUCAAUCGACACCCUCAUCAUCGGACGAUCAAACGGAGGACGUACUCGCCGUCGUCCACGACGACAUCAGUGCAAACAUGCCUCACGGUUGGAGAGUCAAUGGCGUCCAUAAGCUGACUUACCACCAUCCGGCAUGUGAGGGCGCUGUUUGCUGUGUAGCGUGUGUACCAGUUGGAAGUCUGUUGGCAAUUCAUGGGGUGACAUCUGGUAAAGCUCGAUUUAAUCUACAGCUAAAGCCAAGUGACUAUGUAACAACAGUAGAUGAUGCUCAGCCACGGUAUACCAAUCUUCCCCAGGUGUCCAGACUCUAUAAAGAUGCAGUUGCUUAUCCUCUGCUGCUGACGACAAGAUCAGAGCUGGGUCUUGUUCCUCUAAAUGGUCUACUGGGUCUAGUUCCUGAAGUCCAGCUCCUGAUUCUGAGCUAUCUGGAUGCAACUAGUCUGCUUAAUAUUGCCGAGGUAUGUCAACAUUUCUACAACAUGGCCGCCGAUAUGUCGCUAUGGAGACAGCUCCUCCUCAGGGAUUUUGGAUGCAGGGACUCAGACAGUAAUCUCGAUUGGAAAGAGCUUUACAAACAGAAGUACAAGAACAAGAAGGAUCUUGAGAGAUACAGGAGGAAUCUGAUGGAUCGAUCGUUACCGGUCAGACCAGGGGUGUUCUUUCCUCCGCAACCGCUCUUCCCGACUAUGCCUGGAUACCCAUCAGGUUAUAGGGGUGGAAAUUAUGAUUUGGAUCCCUUCGCCGGUCUGGGCCAACCUCACGACAUUCCCAUCAGAAGAGAUCCAACCAUCGGGCCGUUUUCAAGACAACCCGAUAUCGUCCCAUUUCCGGAGCAAGCACCGGGCCGUGAUCCUCUUCUGAAUCCAUUGCCGCGAGUUCCCAACAGACGAGACCCUUUGGGCGGUAGUCGGGGCCACCGAUCUGGAGGCAACAAUCGAGGUUUCUUUUUCUAAGGACAGAACUGUUUCUCUACUUUGCUCAGACUUAUUUCUCUGUGAGGGACUUGAGAUGCCUCAGUAGUUGAAAGAAGUGUGAAUACGUGUUCAAUAUCUAACAGUAAAAAAAAAAAAAUAAAAAAUAGCAAGUCUGCUGCUGCCGUUCAUUUCUGAAGGCUUUUUUGUCGCUGUUCUCAGACCUAUAUGUAAAAAAACACAAUUUGUUUUUCUAUGCGGCGCAAUGUAACACAAAUUUAACCCAUUCAUUUACAGAGCACCAUGAAACAGUUUCCAAAGUGCUGUGGCGCUUUCAACAGUCACUGCCAGAAACACCGUGGCAUAACCCCUUUUCUUCGGGAUCAGUGUAACUGGGUUCUUUUACCACAUUUACCCAACACACGAUACCUACGGCUUUACGUCACAUCCAAAUGGUCAAGUGUCAUUCUAGAGGACACAAGUGUCAAGACCGGGACUCGAACCCAUAUUCUGCUGAUCAGAAACAUCCGAGCUCGAGUCUGAUGUGCUUGACUGCUCAUCAGCCACGAAACAAAUCAUUAAAGCCAUUGGACACUUCCUGAACAGUACAUAAUUAAAAGUUCUUAGAUUUAGAAAUAACUUUCAGGGUUUACAGAAGGUAAUGAUGAAAGACUUCCCUUGAAAUAUUAUUCCG